CAGUGUAUGUGAAAUAUUGGAACAAAAAUAAUUUCUGAAAUGUCAUCUAAUUUAAUCUUCCAGCCUACGUUGUUUGCACUUAUUAUUCUCCAGGUGCACAGUGAUGUGACAGCUGUAAAUGGGAUGCUGGGUAGUUCUGUUACACGGCAUCAUGAGUAUCCUGACUUGGAACACCCUGUUCACGUCACUUGGAACAAGGGAAAGACUUUGUUAAAUAGCUGGACACGUCGUACCAGGGCCACCGAAGGGAUGCGAACUGUCAGAGGAAUUGUAGGUGACUGUGUUAUGCUUGAUCUGUACAAUUACAUGAACAGACAUAUUCAUGUUACCUGGAAGAAAGACAAUAAGCAAGUGGCCAAGAUGAAAGGUCAGCCUGUACACGGCUCUGGAACAUACAGAGAGAGAUUUCAUGCAUUCUCCAAUGGCAGCUUGAGUGUUUGCCCCAUGCAGCCGGGGGAUGAGGGUCAGUACACGGCAGAAGUGUUUGGUCAUGAUGGGGCAGGUUUGGCCCAUCAAAAAAUUCAGCUAGAGUAUAGCGGAAAUAGAACAGCACCUGUUCAAGAAGUAACAGGAAUUGUUGGCGGCUCCAUGGUCCUACCUCUAGCAGCGAUGGAUUGGAAAGACUUGGUCCAGAUAAUGUGGAAGAAAGACAGCUUGUUGGUUGCUGAGUUAAAUUACUCUCAGUCGGAGUCCGAUGGGAGAUCCACCUACAGAUCUCAGAUCUUACCUAAUGGCACGCUCAGACUGGACAGGAUUCAGGAAAAUGAUUGUGGACGGUAUUCAGUAGAAGUGCGAGACAGAGAUGGGAAGAUUAUAUACCAGAGAACGAUUGAUGUGAAAGUGGGACAAGCAACAGUGGCCUCACCAGUUAUCUCGCAUGUACUGUUAUUCACCAUAGUGGGAGUGCAUGUUGCUGUAUUCAUUGCUGUGUUGGGUUCACUUAUGUGGCAUUUUCGAAAGUGCAAACACAGAACAGGUCGCAUGACAAACCUAAGCUUCCAGCACGUGACUUUGGGCCGAAGUGACUAUAACGAGGACCAUGUAGAAUGUGGAGAAGGAGACACGAGCAGCCCUGACCAAGAAAAGAAUGGAAAUCCAGCUUCACAGGAACCAGAGGCUGCAAACUCCACUAAGCAAGAGAAUGAAGCUUUCAUUAAGAAUGCUAAAGAGACUGAAGCGGCAACAGCUGCAAGCUUUUACACCGAGCAACCUCUGACUUUGAAUAUCUCCACUUUCCAAGGGCAGGAAGGACCUAAAUCACAGCCCAGGCCUGUGCACGCUGGAAACGAUGUUGCCUCAGUUACUAAAGACUGUGUUCCUCUGAAAGGUGGGAACUAUAUUCCUGAGGAUGACAGGGACUGUGUUCCCCCAGACUUUGACAACUGUGUUCCUCCAGACUUUGACAACUGCAUCCCGCCAGACGUUGACAGCUAUGUUCCCCCAGACUUUGACAACUGCAUCCUGCCAGACUUUGACAACAGUGUUCCCCCAGACUUUGACAACUGCAUCCCACCAGAUUUUGACAACUGUGUUCCCCCAGACUUUGACAACUGUGUUCCUCCAGACCUUGACCACUGCAUCUCCCCAGACUUUGACAACUAUGUUCCUCCAGACUUUGACAACUGCAUCCCCCCAGACUUUGACAACUGUGUUCCCCCAAACUUCGAUGACUGUGAUCCCCCAGAAUAUGAUGACUGUGGUCCCCCAACCUUCAAUGACUCUGGUCCUAUAGAUGGCAGGUACUAUACUUCUGGGCUCAAUAGGGACCAUAUUCCUCCAGAUUUUGGGGAUUAA